UACACUCAGAUACACGAGUCGAGUGAUUCGAAAUCAGUGCGGUUCUCCGAUUCGGUGUGAAAGCGCCAUAUGAAAUAAAUUCGAAACAAAAAUCCAGAGCAAUUGAAAGAAUCAAUGAAAUAAAAAUUAAACAAAAAAUAAAAAGAAUUAAAAUUCUGAUGGACGAAUUUCAUCAGAUGUUGUAAAAAAAAAAUAUUUAUGAAAUAUUUCAAAAGUGGCCCACUGAGCGCUGAAAAAUCGAACCGAUCGAUCGGUAAAGGACUUUCGAUUUCGUUGCGGUUACGACGGGUGUGCGGCUAUAGCGGCUAUAGAUGAUAAAGCGCCGAUAAAGCGCCGGAGUGUAUAAACUUUAUUACAAAAACACCAACAAACCUACGGAAACAACAGCAGCAACAACACCAGCCAGCCGGGGAGCAUCAUCAUAGACACAACAAAAACCCAACAAUAUCUGUCUACACUUUUUGGUAUAUAUUCUCGUACGCAUCUGAGAUAUAUAAAACAAAAUUACAACAACAACAACAAACAAAAAUAAUAAAAAAUAAAAUAAAAAACGAAAAAAAAAAACGAUCAAUUCAACGAUUCUCGUGUCCGCGAUUGUGAUUGUAUGUUGCAGAUAUAUGCAUGUUGUAUAUACAAAUAGCCGACUGUUGCGACGACUUUUCUAUAUAAUCGGCUAGUGCACCAAUACAGCCAAAAGGUGCACAGAUACAUAGCCAGAUGCGGGUAUAUACGUGUAUGCAUAUAUCUAGCCAAAGUAGAAGAUAUAUCUAUGCGUAUAAGCUGAACGCGGCAGCGGCGCACUCUGCUCUGUUUUUUUCUUUUAUAAUUACUUUUGUCUAAAAUUAGAAGACGUGUUUGUGUGUGUUUGUGCGGUGUGUGCGGUGUAACAGUGUGCGUAUCCGUCUACGGCAACAUUCGACGUGUUGGUAUCCCGUACCCGUACCCGUACCCGUACCCGUGCCCGUGUCCAUACCCGUGACUCCCCUUGCCACAGUGCAUAUCACCCGUAUCCGUGUGCGCGAAGUCCGUGUCUGCUAUAUCGCACAUCAUCAUCAUCAGCAUCAAAACCUCAUCAUCGUCGUCGUCGUCGUCGACGUCGUCUUCGUCAGAGAUCAGAGACAAGAGGAGAAUUCCGCGGCCGCGGCAGAGUGUGUGUGUGUGCCAGAAAACACUCGUCGCCAGUGAAUCAGACUACGUACGGCUACGGCUACGACUACGGCUACGGCUAUAUAGAUCGCGUAUACGGCCAGACAAACAUUAUCGUAUAUCUCUCGCGGCGAGGAUUACAAUUACAACGCCAACAACAACAACCAGCCAGCAACAUCAAAAGCGUUCAGUACACACGACCAAUCGGGUGCCGAAGCUAAAGCCGAAUCCAAAUCCGAACCCAAAUCGGUAGCCGAAUCGCAAGCGGUGCGCGCGCGUGAAAAACCUCGUGAAAAAAACGCUCCAAACGCCACGCGACCUUAGGCCCGUUCGAAAUAAUAUUUUUGGGGGGGGCGUGCAGCGGGGCGUGGCCGUGCGUCCAUGUGAAACGCAGCCAAAAAACGAUAAUUCUAUUUAUUCGGCCAAACAAAAUGAGUCACCAUCAAAAGGAGAAUCAGCAAUCAUCAGCAACAGCAGCAUCAGUAGCAACAUCGCGUACAACAGCAACAAUUGGCAGCCAAGUGUUUUCAUAAAUUAAUGCUACAAAUACAGUGCGGUAGAAAAAUUCGAAAAAGAUUUUCGAAAAACAAUUUUUCCCUUGCCACCACUAUCUCUCUUUUUCCUAAUCACUCGAACUUGAACAGUCCGUCUCUUAUUUCGCCUCGUCUGUCGCUCAAAAUGCUACGAAACUAUCGAAAGUAUUUGCAGGAUAAACGAAAAUACGACAAGGCACAGCAGCGACGAGGCAGCGACGGUAACAUUUGUCACGAUUAAACAACAACAACAACAAUAACAACACCAAAAUCUCAAGGAUCGCUCAACAUAGGAGCAACCCCCCCAGCGUAGCAAGGCAGCACCAGCAGCAGCAGCAGCAACAACUGGCAACCAAAUACUCGUCGUAGAACCGCGAGCAAUAUUAAGAUUUUGUAAAUAAAGUCGGGGCAAUAGCAGCAACAACUUUGGAGGACGCCAUGUAUGCGCAACAUUUGCGCAAAUGGAGUCUAAAAACAAAAAAGCAACUAAUGCCAUUGAUAUUGCUAAUUAUCAGCAACAUGUUGCUCUAUCCGACGAUGAUAGUUGCAGGCGCAACAGCAACAGAGCAACACCAACAGCAGCAGCAUCAGCCACAGCAGCAACAGCAAAGGUUAUGGGAAGGCAGUGCCGAAGAAAGCAGCUACUAUAUACCACUGAGUUUGGAUAAUGGCAGUAGAGAAAGCAGCAGCAGCAGCAGUAGUAGUAGUAGCAGCAACAUCGACAACAAUAUCUUAAGUAGGCUGCUCAGCCACACCAGCAAUAGUCUUAGUAGCCGUAGCAAUCUUAAGUUAAUGCCAGCAACAGUAUUCGACGCACCAGAGCAACAUGUUGCUGCCGUGCCACAACAGCAGCAGCAGCAGCAGCAACAGCAGCCGCAGCAGCAGCAGCAGUCAAUGCAAAAAGUUCCAAAUACGUUAAUCAAUAGUCAACUAUAUAAUUUAUUAAAUAAUGGCAAGUCCAGCGAGGCGGCGAGCAGUAAAAUGCGACGUCACAUUGAACCCACACAUCUGCAACAUCAACUGCAAUUGCAACAGCAACAGCAGCAUCUGCAGCAGCUGCAACAUCUGCAACAGGCAGCAGCAAGCAACUAUAGUAGAAGAGCAGUGCCCAGCUACUUUAUAGAGUCCUACGAAGUGCCAGAUAGUCGGGCUGAUCAGGCGGUACGCAGUCGACGCGACGGCGGCAACCAGCAGCGGCAACAUCCUCGCACCCGGCAGCAGCAGGACAAGCGGGACCAUCGCCGGCUACGGCAGCAGCAGCGCCAGGAGCAACGGAAUCCCCACCAGCCCCGCAAUCACCAUCAGCACAAGCAGAAGCAGCAACAGCAGCAGCGGAGGAAGCAACACCAGCGGAAGCAUCGAGGUCGUCCCGGUUCCGGAAAGUAUUGCUCCGCCCGUGAUCCCGCCCAGCUGGCCUUUGCGGCGCCCACCGUCUUCCGGGGCGUGUUCAAGUCCAUGUCGGCGGACCGGCGGGUCAACUUCUCGGCCACCAUGAAGGUUCUGGAGGUGUACAAGCAGCAGCGUGACCUCCAGCUGCCCCAGCUCGUCCGGCUGCAGUUCGCCCUGAGGAACACCAGCAGAGAGUGCGACAUCUACCGCGAGCGAUUGCUGCCGCGGGGCCUGCUCCGGUCCGGCAACGAUCUGCAGCAGGCCUCGGAUAUAUCCUAUAUGAUGUUCGUCCAGCAGACGAAUCCCGGCAACUUCACCAUCCUCGGCCAGCCAGUCAGGGUAACGCCCUCGGUGCUGGAGGCGGUCAAGAUGGCUGUGAGUCCAAAUUAUGCACAGAACGCAUCGAUCACGUCGAUCACCUCAGUGCCGAGCAACUCGACCAUUAAACACGGCCAGGAGCUGAAGAUAAUCUGCAAGGUGACGGGCCAGCCGCCGCCGAAGGUCACCUGGUUCAAGGAUGACAGGUCCAUCAAUCGCAAGCGCAACGUUUACCAAUUCAAGCAUCACAAAAGACGCUCCGAACUGAUCGUGAGCUCCUUCAAUAGUUCCUCCGAUGCGGGCAAGUACGAGUGCCGGGCCAAGAACAAAGCCUCCAAGGCGAUCAUCAAGCGCCGCAUCAUGAUCAACGCCGAACCAGUUAUCGUUCGAGCGGAACCUCCUAGUAUGGGUGUACCUUGCGAUAAUAUCGAUUAUUGCUUCCACAAUGGCACUUGUACGUUCCUACCGGAUCUGGGAGAAUACUUUUGCAAUUGCGCGAACAAUUUCUUUGGCAGACGUUGCGAGAACAGUAUGCCCGACAGUAGAUAUUUUGUAAUCUACGGCCAAAUACAUACCUUAAAUAACGACUAUUAAUGCAUAGAAUUUUGUUUUAUUAUUUUUAUGAUUUUAUAAACAAAACGAAAAACAAAAAUUGAUUUCCCUGCACUCAAAAAUAAAAACAAAAAAACGUCGACAAUUGUAAUUUUUUACGAUAUUAAAAAAUUAGAGAAUUUGUUGCACCAGCAGACCAAAAUCCCAUCACCGUUCUCCAAAAAUUGCAACUACAAAAUGAAAAGAAAAAAAAAACGUAUCCAAAAUAGAAAACAUUUCAAAAUUCGCAAUGUUUCCAAAAUCCCAGAGUUCAGAGUUCCUUCUUCUACCCCCCAAGCGAAAAGUUCCAGAUCCAGACUGACUUUAGCAACGUUUGUUUUUGUGCACGGUGACAGAAUAUUUAAAAUGUAAAAAAUCCAAACAAAAAAAAUAUAUAUAUUAUAUAAAGGAUAUAAAAGUGAGAAUAAACAUUACCGAUUCGACCCUGACACUGACACUGUUGCGCUUUUGUUGUUGUAUCAUAGACAUAUACUUAUAUAAAUGAGAACAAAGGUUGACGUAGCCGAGAACUUUGUAAUAAAUCCUGUAAAUAUCUAUCGAUUUAACUAACUAUAAGUUUUGUGUACAUUUCAAACUAAGUUAAUGCAAGCCCUUCUUUAACCUUAAUUUAUUGUAUUUAAUUACACCUAAAUUAAACGUAACUUUAGCUCUAAGCCCACGCACAACACACACCACACACAACAAACAACACAACACCCCAAAAGUACCCACACACAAAACACAAACUAUAAAGCUACUUAAUUUCGAAAUA